CUGAGCUGAGAACGAAACAUAAUUGAUAGGGGACGGAAAUAGCCUAUAAUUCCCUCAAGUUAAUUCACUGGUGGUCUUCAUACCCUGGAAACGCUUCAUGAUUACAAUUUUGCAACAUGGCUCUUUUGUCAGAGGGAUAUGGUGAUGAUGACAUCAAAGAAUUGAGACUGAAUCUUUCUGAAGCAGCAGCUAAUCUUGAUCCUUCCAAACUCAGAGCUGCCUUGGCUCAUAUCGUGUCACAGAUGAGUCUGGGGAAUUCCCUCUCAGCAUUAUUUCCAGAACUAGUGAAGAUUUGUGCUACCAAUGACCUGCCAAGCAAGAAGCUUGUUUACAUGUAUAUGGCUGGCUGUGCCUGCGAGCAACCUACCCUGACCCUACUAGCAAUCAACUGUCUUCUCAAAGACUGUCAGGAUUCAAACCCUAUGGUCAGAGGCAUGGCUCUCAGGACUCUAUGCUCUCUCAGGUUACCACUUUUAAUGGAGUAUAUAGAGCUCCCUCUCUUGGCAGGGUUGAAAGACAAAAGUGCCUACGUGCGACGGAUUGCUGUGCUUGGUUGUCUCAAAGCUUGUAAGCUAGACUCCUCCUUCAUUAAAGACAGGAAUAUCAUAGACCAGCUGUGUGAGCUAAUCGCUGAUCGAGAUAACACUGUCAUGAUCAAUGUUCUAUGUGUGCUUCAUGAACUUCAGGGAGGUCUUUUAGUCACUCCGAACAUUGCACAUGCACUCCUCAACAGAGUAAGCUCGCUAUCUGAAUGGGGCCAAAUCAAGGCGCUGCAGGUCCUGUUGACGUACAAGCCAGCCAAUGAGGAAGAAGUAUUUGACAUAUUGAACUUGGUGGAUGGUUGUUUACGUCAUCCCAACAGUGGAGUAAGCCUGGGAGCCGUUCACUUCAUGCUUCUUAUCACCAAGGACUUACCUCAUGUCAAUCAAGAUGUCAUUGGCAGACUCAAAGGAAUCUUAUUGAGUCACCUUGGCAGUGAUCAGCCAGCCUUCGUGUAUGCUUCUCUUUGUCAUCUCCAGUGGCUUCUGGACAAGCUACCUCAAGGAAUCAGUAAAUAUUACAAGAAGUUCUAUUGCAAGUACAAUGAGCCUGUCUAUCUAAGAUGCAAGAGGAUUGAUCUCCUAGUACAACUCAUCACAGAGGCUAAUCUCAAUGACAUUGUUGGAGAGUUGAGUGCUUACUGCAUUGAUGUAUCCACCAAGUUUGGACAGCAUGCUGUACGAGCCCUGGGUGCUGUAUCUCAACUCAAUCCAGCCUACACAGGGACGUGUAUGGAUGCUUUACUGCGUCUUCUUCAGCUUGGUAUCGACCGAGUUUCAUCAGCUGUUUUCAUAGAGAUGCAAGAAUUGUUAUCCUUGGAGGGAAGGUACCAGGAUUAUGUCAGCCAAGUAUUAGACUUGAUCCCAGGCUGUUGGUCAAAUAUAGAACACGAGGAUGGCAGAUGUGCUAUGAUAUGGCUAGUUGGACACCAUGGACAAAAACUUCAAGACGCUCCCUACCUCCUUGAGAGUGCAAUUGACAAUAUAAUGGAGGAGUCUAGUCAUGAGGUCAAAGGUCACCUACUGGGUGCAAUCACCAAGCUAUUCUUUACCCGUCCUGCGGAAUGCCAAGACUCACUUGCCACCAUGCUACAACAUUGCAUAGAAACACAGAAGGAUGUAUUUCUUCAGGAAAGGGCCAUGCUGUAUUACCAGUUACUACACACUGAUGUCAAAAAGGCGAAGAUGGUAAUCUGUUCAUCUCAGAGGUUAAGACCGCCAUCAAGAUCUUCAUCUAGGCAACCCUCAUCAAACGAUGUCUUCAAUAGCUUCCGACUGUUACUAGGAUCGGAUAACUCUAGCGAUGGAAUGAACCAACCACCACCCUCCUCAUCAUCGAAAGGGUAUUCAGUCCAGACCCCCUCCACCACUCUGCCUGACCCUGGCCCAAGUCUGGCUCCAGAGGGCAUGCUUGUUGACCUCAGCUUGGAUGAUACCAAGGUACAGGAUGCUGGAAACCCUGACAAAGCUCCAGACACUACCCAUGGUCUAGGAGACACAGACAUACAUCUUCUUCCAGGGCAAGGAAAGAGCAGUAGCAACGAUGAUGUUAAGGGGAAAAUUGCACCUCGGUCUGGGUCUAGGAAGAAGGAAAGUUUGACAUUGCUUCAAGAUGGAAAUGACUUACGGGAUGGUGUAAGUGCUACGGUUAAUGAAGAUGAAGAAGCUUCAGAAGAAAGGAAGGAUCCUAUACCAGUUCAAAGACAUAUAGGUGCUUCUGAUGUAGCUUCUUCAGCGUCCAAGGACUUCAAGCACAAUCAGUCAUCCUCCUCUCCACCUAAGAACCGUGGGUCUUCUGAAGAUGCAGUAGGCACCUUGGAUCAUCCAGGUUCAAAUGAUGUUGAAAAUCGUGAGAAGAAAGAGAAGAGUUUGGGCAUCAAAACUGCAAGCCUUCAGGAGGGAGAGAUGAAGAGCGGUGUAACGUUUGAGCCCUGUACACUCUCACCACAGGAGUUUGAAGACAGAUGGAUGGCAUGGACAAAUAGUGAAACGUUGGAAGUGGCUGAGAAGAGGCCUUCAAUUUUGCUUGAGAGAUUCGAUGAUAUUGGAUUCCACACCAUGGCUUCUACACCUACAGAUUCAGAGCCUUGGAGAGCAUUUCUUUAUGCACAAAUGGAGAAUGGGGAGCUGUUUCUCGUAGAGGCAACAACGCAUCAGACAGAGGAAACAUGUUCUCUAUGCAUCAAGUCAUCUCAAUCAAGCUCCUCACUGACAAACAAGGUUAUAGCCCUUUGCAAAGAGACCUUCCUUUAGAAGUUUCCUUUCACCAUGCCAGAAACAGCAGUAUUAAUAAGAAGGGUUUAUUUCCUCCUCAACACUUGCUAUCGUGUAUAUGGUACAUGCUUCAGCCAAAGAUAAUUGAUAUGCAGUAUUUUUUUUGUCAGAGUGGGAAUUACUAUUAUGCAUCAAAAGAGGUAUGCUUAAUGAUAAGAUUUGAAUUCAAACAUUUUAUAUCUGGAUAUAUUGUAAAGAGAAUCAAAGAUGGAAUCUGACAGCGUUUCACAAAACAAAGUACAAGUUUGCUGACAUCACACUGAAAAGUUUGUUAUAAAAUUAACAAUGGGAUGUAAGUGAAAUUGUACUUCUGACUCAUAGAAGAUCAUAGGAACCGUUUGUGUGGUUAAUCUCACAACUAAGUUCACUGUAAAAGUAUGAGAUUAUGAAUUGUCUGUAAGGUUUCAUCAUGUACAUGCGUAGAUUGUAGAGGCACAAGAUCUUUUUCUUCCGUUUUAGACUUGAUAAAACAAAUGCGUCUAAAGACAUCCAUCAUCAUCAUAAGUUAUAUUUGAGCAAUGUCUUAACUUCAACCUAGUCUCCCUUUUUUGCCAGUCUAUCAGACGUGAUAGUGAGUUGUGUUGAGGUAUGAUUUUGAUCAAUUUCAAUUUGAGCUAUGCAAAUAUUCUCUCCAGGUUACACAUGGUAUGCUUGGAUUAUGCUUACUUAUAUUACUGAUGUACAAUACUAGUUUGUUCUAUUGACAACCGUGAAUGAUUAAUCUACCACAUAUUAUCUGGAUCCAAUUCUCUUUCCCUCCAGUUGCUUUACAUACAUAUACACAUGUAUGUCACAUUUUUGUGUAAUUCCAGUACAAAAAGAACGAUUCACAGAUUAUCUUGCCACUAAAAUUAAUAAGAUAUCCAACUGAACAACUGAAAUACUCUUAACAUUUGAUUAUAGAAUUAUAGACAUCCAUUAGCAAUGUUUAUGUAUGUACAAUAAAUACUUAUGUCAGCUGGCACAAAUUUUAAAAAUACCACAAUCUAAACCUACGGUAAGUUGACAAGUCUAUUACUAGAAGAAUUAUUGAUCAAUAACAGUAGAAAACAAAACAUGUAAGGACCAGCAAUAAAUAUGUAUAGAUUUCUUCAGCUUGUGCCACAAGUACUUGUUUCACUAUUUUAAGCCAAAGAAUUUCAUAUACUUUACUGACAAAUCAAUUAUAGAAUGGAAGAUAUUGAUGAACAACACUGAGAGAUAAAACUAACUUGAUAUACAAAGGAAACGAUAAAAAUGAAUGAGUAAAAAGAAAAAG